AUGGCGGGGGCAUUGAAUCAUGAUUUUCUCCUUCCUGUUAGGAUCCUGUAUUGUGAGGAAAGAAGGGAGAAUCGUAUAUCUAAAAUUACGGAAGAAGGCUGUACUGUUUUCCCACCGUUCUCACUGAAAACAUACUGGGACUUCGCCGCAUUCAGGAACCCAACGGCCGGUGCUCCAGGCGAAUUGGUAAAGAGUGUUUUCUCCAGAAGCCGAUCCACUCAUCAUCAUGAAACCAAAGCGAGAAGCAAUAAUAAUGGUGUGGAGAAGAGGAGAUGGGUGUCUGUAAAAUCGUACUUGUGUGGUGAUGAGCUCGAUUCGGUGCUCGCCGAGGAGGAUUCGGCGUCGGUUAAGAGCUCGGAGGAAACGGUUUCACAGCCUAUACAUGAGAAGGAUUUGUCAGCAGGAAGAGAAGAGACUAAAAGUGAAGAAACUUGUGUGGAGAAUAAUGUGACUGAGAGUGAAAGGAAAAAACCCGACUCCAAAUUGUUGAAUGAAGAAGAAGCAGCUAUUCUGAUUCAGUCUGCAUAUAGAGCCUUUCUGAGGAGGCGCCAAAAUGAAGGAAUGAGAGAGAAAAGUGAAGAGGAGGAAGAGGAGGAGAUGAUGAGUUUGGUGAUAGGAAGUCCAAAUGGGAAGUCAAUGGGGACAUCAAUUGAAGUUCAAACUGGGAAUUCCAUUGAAGUUUAUCCAUUUGAAGCAGAAAAAGGAACUGUUUACCAUAACAGAUCUCAGCACAGAUCCAGAUCCCAAGUGUUAAAGCAAAAGGAAGAUUGGGAUGACAGCACUGUGAGUAGCUAUGUUUCAAAAAUGAGGAUGCAGAACAGAAUGGAAGCAACAACCAGGAGAGAGAGAGCACUGGCCUAUGCGUUCUCACAACAACUGCGAAUCUGUUCGAAGAGAAAAUCAAACAAAUAUAACAGCAACGCAGAACCAAACAUGAGUUGGAGUUGGCUUGAACGGUGGAUGGCGACUCGCCUUCCAGACACUGCAUCAGGUGAUGAAAGCCGCCAUGGCCUUAGUAGUAACCACCAGAUAUUUACAGUGAGGAAGAGGUUUUUAGAUGUGGCCAGGGAAGAAAAAGAGAGCUGUGGGUCCAAUGAAGUGCCUUUUCAAUUUGAUAACUACUCCAUCAAUUCCACAUCUUCACAAGAAGUACUAAAAAAAGAUCAUGAACUCAUUCUUCCACCAGCAACAAAAGAAAAGAACAACCAUAAAGGCAGAAGAAGGACUGUGUCAAGGAGGAAAACCGUGCCAAGCUAUCAUCAAUUCCCUGAAGAGCAUUUCAAGGUAAGCAAAAGAGAUGGUUCAAGCGGUGUCAGAAAAGAUAACAGGCAAUUGGGAAGCAGAAGAACAGAAAUGAAAUCAAACACUCCUAAUUCGUCUUUUGUAUUGAAAUGAAGCUUGUGUUUAUAUAGAUAUAUACAUAUAUAUAAAUAAUUGCCU